AUGGGCCCGCUUCCUGCCGUUGCCGCCGCGGGGGCAGCCUUUGCUUUGGAUGGAAGGAACAAGCGUGCUUGUACUUCCAUCCCCACGAACGACAGUCACGAGAAUUUCUGCUUCCGCGGCCACCAACUGCCCUCUGGUGAAGGACGCAUGUACCUGCGCAACUAUGUUGAGACAGCAGCCGUGGAUCCGUACAUGCAUGGAGCACACGUUGAGGUCCUGCGCGGAUCUGGUGGUGAAGUGUAUCGGCUGCGACGCUUGGGGCCAGCACGAGACCAACUUGAGAUCGCUGUGUCGUGCUGGUCAGACCGGCGACGCCCCGAAUGGUGCUGCCCUGGAGGUUGCUGGACCGCUCAAAGCCUCCGGGACCAUUGCUGCGAGAAGGGUGUGUCGGCUGACGGAGGACUCCUGCAAGGUGUUUUCAACAACCUGACGCCGCACUUGAUGCCCCAGGAGUUGGAACGUUUCGACACACUGUUGCAGAGCCCAAGCAUCGACGAGGCCACUUUCGGCUCCACGCAGCGGCGAUUUCGCGUGGGCUGGCAUCCGCCUGGGGCCCUAUGCUCUUCCCAAGGCUGGGCAUAA